AUGGCUGCUAAUAAUUCCCAGACGGUGGUGGGGGCUGGGCCGACGGCGGGGGGUGUUCCUGCAGCGUCGCUGUACGUCGGAGACCUCCAUCCGUACAUGACCGAAGUUCAGCUGGAGGAGGCUUUCAAAGGCUUCAAAGGUGUCACGUCCGUUCGGCUCUGCAGGGACACCGCCACCGCCACCAACUGUUCUCUCUGCUACGGCUACGUCAACUUCACCACACCUGAAGAAGCAAUUCGAGCUCUUGAAGUGAUGAACCAUUCAAUUCUUAAUGGAAGAGUGAUAAGGGUCAUGUGGUCUCAUCGUGAUCCCGAUGCAAGAAGAAGUGGAAUUGGGAACGUGUUUGUCAAGAACUUGAGCGAAUCAAUUAAUAGUGUAGAGCUUGAAGAAAUGUUUAAGAAGUUCGGACGUACUUUGUCUUGCAAAGUGGCCAUGUUUGAUGACGGGAAGAGUAAAGGCUAUGGCUUUGUUCAGUUCGAGUCUGAGGAAUCUGCGAUUGCCGCUAUUGAGGCGCUAAAUGGCACCACUGUCGAAAACAAGCAGCUGUAUGUUGCGAAAUUUGUUAGAAAGAGCGAUCGCGUUUUGCCCAAUCCUGAUAUUAAAUAUACAAAUUUGUAUAUGAAGAAUUUGGAUCCAACUCUCAAGGAAGAGCUUGUGGAUGAGAAGUUCUCUGAGUUUGGGAAAAUUGUUAGCUUCGCGAUUGCAAAGGACGACCAUGGGAACUCUAGAGGUUUUGGUUUUGUGAACUUCGAGAACCCAGAUGAUGCUAGACGAGCAAUGGAAGGAAUGAAUGGAUCACAACUUGGCUCCAAGGUUCUAUAUGUUGCAAGGGCUCAGAAAAAGGCAGAGCGCGAGCAUCUUUUGCGUUGGCAGUUUGAGGAAAAACGAAAAGAGCAAAUGUUAAAAUUCAAGGGAUCAAAUGUGUAUGUGAAGAACAUUGAUGACGAUGUCAGUGAAGAAGAGCUGGCAGAACACUUUGGUCAAUGUGGUACGAUUACUUCUGCAAAAAUUAUGCGAGACGACAAAGGAAUAAGCAAGGGGUUUGGUUUUAUCUGCUUCUCUACCCCUGAGGAGGGCAAUAAAGCUGUGAAUACUUUUCAUGGAUAUAUGUUUCAUCGGAAGCCAUUGUAUGUGGCUAUUGCCCAACGGAAAGAGGAGAGACAAGCGCAGCUGCAGCUUCAGCAUGCACAGCGUAUGGCAGGAUUUGCAGGUCCUUCACCAACUGUGAUCCCUGGUGGAUACCCUCCUAUCUACUAUCAAGCUCCAUCUGGGGUUGCUCCACAAGUGCCUCCUCGAGCGGGAUUGAUGUAUCAACCUUUGGGAUUGUGGCCAGGAUGGAGACCCAAUGGCUUUUUACCUACAUCUGGACCAGCCUAUCAACCACCACUGGGUCCUGUAAUUCCUAAUGCUCCACGACAACAUAGGCAAAAUAGGGGAAGAAUGAACGGGCAUAUGAUUCCUCAGGGAGGCGCAUAUAUGCCACAUUUACAACAGCCCAAUCCGUUGCCACACUCUGCAAAAGAUUCAAACAAUCAGCAGCAGACAGGGCAGGCUAAGUCUGUUCCUACUGGGCGUCAACGAGAAAUGAAUAAAGGAGGAGUCUCGUCUGCUGCCUCCAAUUCUGUUGGAGUUGUUAUUCAACCGGAGAUGCUGAGUAGCAUGCUUGCUGCCGCUUCUCCCGAGCAGCAGAAACAGAUACUUGGCGAGCAGCUCUAUCCACUUGUCCAUAAACAAAAGCCCGACCUAGCUUCAAAGAUAACUGGGAUGCUACUUGAAAUGGACAACUCAGAGCUGCUGAAUUUAUUGGAGUCACCGGACUCUUUGAUUGCGAAAGUGGAAGAAGCAGUUCAGGUGCUCAGGAUAUCGAAGACCAAAGUACCUAACAAAGAUAACAAUCAUCCGAGUUAUCUCUCUGCUGAGGUUGCAGUCAAUUGA